CAACAGCAUGAGACACACAAACAUCAUGAUUCCCACCGCCACCCACUUCAUCUCACUCUGCGAUGCCAUGAUCGAGAACCACACUGACCAACAAGCCGAGUCAGAGCGCAAGGCUGAAGAGAAUCGAGAGGAUCCGGGUGAGAUUGAACGGCUUAUCAGAAGACAACUCAAUCUCGAGCCGAUACCCAGAAGGGACAGAGAAUAUGAGAGCAAUGCCCUCUACCACUGGGGCGAGCGCAUAAAGUGGAAUGUCAUAUGGGGUGAUCUCGAUCCAGGGUAUUGGAGCUCAUCUCAGCUAUUUCUGGGGGAAGCCAAAUAA